AUGACAGUGCGUAGGAAAGGCCUGCAUAGGAAAGGCCUGCAUAGAAAAGGCCUGCGUAGGAAAGGCCUGCAUAGGAAAGGCCUGCAUAGGAAAGGCCUGCGUAGGAAAGGCCUGCGUAGGAAAGGCCUGCGUAGGAAAGGCCUGCGUAGGAAAGGCCUGCGUAGGAAAGGCCUGCGUAGGAAAGGCCUGCGUAGGAAAGGCCUGCGUAGGAAAGGCCUGCGUAGGAAAGGCCUGCGUAGGAAAGGCCUGCGUAGGAAAGGCCUGCAUAGGAAAGGCCUGCGUAGGAAAGGCCUGCGUAGGAAAGGCCUGCGUAGGAAAGGCCUGCGUAGGAAAGGCCUGCCUGCCAUCGAGAGUUGA